AUGCUGGCCGGAGAAACGGCCCGAGGGCGAAGAAGCGCCGCCGGUGAAGAAGGAGACUCGAAGAAGAAUAUGCCGGCGUCGGACGAGUUCGAUCACGUCUCCUACCGGUUCAUUCCCCCACACCCGGAGGCUCCGUGCUCCCUUCCUAUCGCCCCCAAGGCCUUUGUGGUGGACAACUUCGAGCGCCUCAAGGUGACCUACAAUCUGAAGGAGGAGUUGCCAGGCUCGGAGAUUGAGACCUUCACGGUGGACUACGACCAACCCCUGGCUCCAGUGGGUCUCAAGUUCUUCAAGGACAAGAAGGGCGCCGCGCAGAGGGAGGGGCUGAAAGAGUGGUGGCGCGUGGACUUGUUCAAUACCUUGCUGGGGGAGUCUCAGAGCCUCUUCGCGGACCUGCAAGGUGACUUCGGCGGAGACCCCCCGCAGACCGCGGAAGACAUCUCGAAAAACCUGGAGGGCAACGUGCGGAGGCUUCAGGCGGCGCUCUCCAAAACGGACUGGGGAGAGGAGGAGUCUGUGGUGUUCGAGUUUAUCAACGGCAUGUCGCACCGUUUGGUGCCGGAGGCGCAUAUCACCUUCACAGGCAAGAAGGUGGGGGACGAGAUCAAGGCCUUUGAGGCCCGCGAAAUCGGCAACGACCCCGUGAUCUCGGACCUGGACGCGGGCUUGGCCUACACUGCGGGCGUGCGCAAGGGCUGGGUGCUCUCCUUGAGCGACACCCUCGGUGCGGAGAACACUGGGAAGAGACCUCCGAUCACCAUGGAGGAGCUGCAAUCUUCCCCAGAAGCCGUCAACAAGCUGCUGGAGAUGCAGGAUGUCACGCUGGUCUUCGAGUGCUUAGCGCCGGACCCCACGGACAACGCCCAGUUCUGCGGCGAGGGCUUCGAAGACCUCGACGUGGACGUCAACGAAGCCUCGGUGGAGUUUAAGACCGAUGGCGACGGCGGCGGCUUUCCGGACCGGCGCUGGGGGGUGCUGUGCCUCGUGGUGCCCUCCGACGCGGUGCCGCAGGGCGGCGCCGGGCAGAGGUGGGUCUUCCGGCAGAUUGGCGGGAUGACUCCCUCCAGCCUCCCGAUCUAUUCGGAGCCCAAAGAGUAUUCCGACGCUGGCCAGUAUUUGGAGUACAAGGAGGACGAACCAGAUCAGGAGAUUCUGAUUUCUGAAGAGGCGACGUCGGAGGGAAAGACCUUUCUCAAGUUGGCGGAUGGCCGGGGCUGGGUGCGGCUCCAGCAGACCUACGACGGCGAUGAGAUGGAUUCUCUGGAGAGGGUGUCCCCAUGGGCAGAAGUGAUGAGCGGAGCUGCGGAGGUGAUGAAGAGGGCGGAAGGCUUCGGCAACGGGACCCCGGUGGUCAGCAGAGAGGGCUGGGAUGAGGAGCGCCUGAGGGCGCUCUGCGCCAGACACGGCUGGGAGUUCGAGUGGAUGAGCGAGGACGGGGAGCGCCGGCGCCGCGGCGCCGAGCGCCAGAGUAUGGUCGCCCUGCCGGCCGUGAGCGGCACCUCUGACACCCAUUGCCCCGAUGGCUUUCAGCCCAAGACGAACAAGGAGAAGUCGAACGGAACUGCGUGA